AGCACAGAGGAAACGCUGGAGAGGACAACCGGACCUGAACGACCGCACAACUUUGCUGCUUGCUCGAGACUACGCUGCGCUCUUGGUGCUGGACGCGCCGUUAUUCGCUAACACUUCAACCAGGCACCACGAAGAAGUUCCUGGCGUCGACUCGAGUAUUGGCCGGACUAAAAUAAUAGAUAAAAUAUUGGUGUGGAUGACUGCGUCUAGUCCAGAAUCCGCUUCUCAUCCUUCCUUUCCGCGGACUGCUGCAGUUGGUGAGACUCAAAAGUGCGUUUCUUCUGCUCCCGCCUGCAGAAACAGACCACUGCUAUCAGUCGCGCGACGCGUGCGGGAGUUAGAAAAAGCGCUGCUGAGGAGAGAACUGAGCCUGAGAGUCGUGAGGUGCAUGUCGCUGCUGCAGGAACACAUCCAUGAAGACAAACGAGUGCCUGCCGUUGGGCCUGAUUUGUCCGGCCAGCAGGAGACGCAUCCGCUGCUGUCGCCUCAGUGGCCUUUUCAGACUUCUUCAGGCCCAUCGUGUGGGGAACAUGUCACGAUUGACGGCUCUGCUCCCAUGGUGCGACGAGGUUCGCGAACUGACCUGCAAUUCGUCUCGUCGCCGUCGUUCGUGGAGGGUGACAGCGGCCCACGGUUGGCUACUGCUCUCGCCCUUGAAGCCAGCGUUUCAACCUUCUCAAAUUCUUCUCAAACACUUUGCUUUGUUGACGACAGAUAGGACGCGUGCAGAUGAGGUGCAGGUUGCAAGGCAGUCUUUUUUUUUUUUUGCUGGCGUCUAG